ACAACAAAACAUGUUUAUUUAUUGUUUAUGUAGAAUAUAAAUACAAGUGUGACUGGUCAUUUUAUUCAGUUUUGACCACUGAUUCAUGUGAUAUAUAUUUUGUUUAUAUUUAUUACACAACAUUGUCCAGUUUAUCAGACAAGUUUUGAUGUCAGUUGUAUUAUUCCAGGUUGGUGGAUUGACAGCAUUAAUGAGGGCUGCCAUGGGAGGAUACCUGGAGAUCUGCAGACUUCUCAUUGAUACAGGAUGUAAGAUCGACACCACAGAUAGAGAUGGAUACACAGCUUUACAUAUAGCUGCUCUGAAUGGACAUUUACAGAUCACAAGAUGUCUAGUAGAAGUAGGUGCCAGUCCCUUGGUUACAACACAUGAGGGUCAGACGCCAUACGAUCUAGCAGCAGAAUAUAAAUCUCUCCAGUAUAAAGAAGUGAUGGAAUACUUACAGUCUGUCAUGUCAGAGGAAUCUUCAGGUGUGACUGGUGGUCAAGGGAUGGAAGGUGAUAUGGUUCCAACUGAAAUAAAAUUAAUGGCUGAUAAAAGAUCUAUUGAUUUGUACCUCAAAUUACUUGAGUCAGGCUCUGAGAAAAAGAAAGACAUACGUUUAGUAGUAGUUGGAAAAAACGGUGCUGGAAAGACAUCAUUGAUUAAAAGAUUGUUCUCUGAAGAGAAUACAGAUGUAACUAGUACAAAUGGAAUAGAAAUCCACACAAUAAAAUGCAAAGCAAUGUCUGAUGAUGGCAUAUGGAAUAAAUUAGAUGGAAACAAUGAAGAAAAUGAAAUUCAUGCAAGACUUUUGAAACAAUACAAAGGAACAAUUGAAGCAUCAGUAGAAGAAGGAACACAUAAAGCUGUUAAGGAAACCACACCAUCAACAAGUUUUGAUGAAUCAGAGACAGUAACCCAGCAGCCUAAAAAAAGAAAACUUCAAGUAACCACUGAAUCUCAAGUUGAACCUCCAGUAACCUUGCAACAACGAAAUCAAGCAUUAGAACAGGCAAAAAUGGAUAUUGAAGCCAUGCUUAAAUAUAAUGUUGAUUUACAUGACAGAGAGGAGUAUGCCACAUUAUUAUUGUGGGAUUUUGCAGGAGAUGAAGAAUUUUACCACACACAUCAAACUUUUUUAUCACAAGAUGCAAUUUAUCUUGUCGUAACAAAACUCAAUGAGGCUGACGACAAAAAAGCAAAAGAGAUGUUUCAGUUGUGGAUGAACUCAAUACAUUGCUACUGUAGUACCACUGAAGUGCUUGGAAGUAUUGAAGAGAAGAAUAAGUCUCUUUAUCCACCAGUUGUUCUUGUUGGUACACAUAAAGACAAAGUUGAGGCUUCUGAAGAAGUAAAGGUAUAUAUUAGUAUACAUAUUUGAUAUUUUAACUUGAA